AUGAAAGCCAUAAAAGCCGGGGCGGCCGCUCCGGACGCAGGGCCGGCGCUCGCCAUGGCCUCGGGCGCACGGUCCCCGACCUCGGAGGAGGCGCCGGACGGGCGUCGGGCCGCAGGGGCCGCGAGGCUCCGUCUCCCGCCGCCUCGGAGGAGGGGGGAGCCCGGGGGGCGGGCUGCGCAGACCCCGCGAGCUGCAGGCCCCGCCGCCGCCCCCAGGGCCCCGCUGCUGCUGAGCGACUCGGUGGGGCUCCUGGACGAGCAGCGGCUGGUCCUCCACCUGCACGUGGCCCUGGGCCGCGAGGAGCGCCUGUGGCGAGGCGGCCACCCCCACCCCCAGGUACCGGUCCCCGCGGGGGCCCCGGGAGCACCCGCACCCCCUCCGCACGCGCCGGGCCCUCCCGCACCCGCGCCCAGGGACCAGCCCCCAGCCAUCUCCCCUGCCCUCCCCCCCUUCCUCUCCUACCCUCCCCCCUACCUCCCCUACCAUCUCUACACCCCCCACCCCCCACCCACCCCUGAGCAGGAGGAGCUCAGCGGCGCUUUGCAGGAGGUCGUGCUGGAGCUCCGGAGGCUGAGCAACUACUUCUUCUUCUCCCACACCACUCUCAACCUGGCCCUCACCACCUGCUGCCGCCUGCUGGCCUCCGGACCGGUAAGAGAGGGCUUACUCCACAUUGUCACGAUCACCUGCUUGAGACUUGCUGCAAAGAUCAAUGAGGAGGAGGAGUUAAUUCCACGCGUGAGGGACUUCAUAGAGUACGGUGGCUCUGACUAUACCCCGAGUGAGUUGCUAAGGAUGGAGCUGGCUAUUUUGGACAAACUGCACUGGGAUCUCUGUAUUGGGACGCCACUGGACUUCCUGAACAUCGUAAGUACAAGGAGUUUGCAGAGUCUACCCUGGACUCGCGUGUGCCUUUGGAAACAGCUCACCACAAAGGACGGCCAAGCACACGCGUGCACACGUCCUUGCACAUGCACCACAAAGAGGUGGCCCCCAGGGCUCCUGACACAUGGAGCAGUGAAAAUGUACCUUACAUCCAACACGGUUCCAGCAGACUUCCACUUCUGA